AUGGUCUCCGUCAACGGCAAAAAAGUGAAGAUUGUCAAGAAGCGAACUCGUCGUUUCACUCGACACGAAUCUGACCGCUACAUUCGUGUCAAACCAAAUUGGCGCAAACCCAAGGGUAUUGAUAACCGUGUUAGACGUCGUUUCAAAGGCCAACGGAAGAUGCCAAAAAUUGGUUAUCGAAAUGCUCGAGUGACACGUCAUAUGUUGCCUAGCGGUUUUCGAAAAGUUUUGAUUCACAAUGUUAAGCUGACGGGGUUGAGUUUCCCGUGCAUUACAAAAACUGGGUAUCUUCUUAAGAGGAGCACUUGUUGA